AUGGCAACUACGUCAACGAGGAAAAGAUACAUACACUCAUCCACAACAAGAGCAUCACCUCCCGCAGACCAAUCUACUCUAUCUGCGGUAACGUCAGUAAAUCACCUUUCCACGCAAAUCGCAGCAGAAUCGCCCCCGAUGGUUAAACCGGCGCCCCUAUCCGUUCUUCCUUUGUCAACGGUGCUACGUAAUUUGGCCACCUCUAGCAUAUCUUCUUCGCCGGUCCUUCUCCCUCCCUCUCUAGCCAUAAUGAACGUUCUCGCUCAUUCGAACCGAGCCGUCUUCAACCCGGACAAGAAUCCUCUACUGCGUUGGUUCCUCAAGAAGACAUUCUAUGCUCAGUUCUGCGCUGGCGAGAACGCGGCCGAAGUUCGUCGCACCAUCGACGGCCUCAACAAGAUCGGGUUUACCGGCGUUAUCUUGGGUUAUGCCCGCGAGAUCGUCCUCACCGAAUCGCAGACACAGAACCUCUCCGCGUGCGACUUAGGACCCGUAGCCGAUGAGUGCGUACGCAACGAGAUCGGCCCUUGGGCGGCUGGCACCCUAGAAACGGUACGGCUCGCGCGGCCAACCGAUUUCGUCGCCUUGAAGUUCAGCGGUGCGGGACGGCAGGCACUAUACGCGCUGAAGAACCGCCUCCCACCUCCAAAGGACCUGCGGAAGGCCAUCGACGAGAUCUGUGACCUGGCUGCCGAAAGGAAUGUCCCGCUCCUCUUCGACGCCGAGCAGACUGCCGUUCAGGCCGGCAUUGAUGACUGGACUUUGGAAUACCAACGCAAGUAUAACAAGGUCUCCGGUCACUCUAUCAUCUACGGCACAUACCAAGCAUACCUGAAAUCAACCCCCUCAACUCUGGCCUCACACCUCGCCGUCGCGUCCAAGGACGGAUUCACGCUGGGUGUCAAGCUCGUGCGCGGCGCGUACCUCGGCGCCGACCCCCGCCACAUCAUCCACGACACCAAGGCCGACACGGACGCGGCGUAUAACGGGAUCACAGAAAGCCUCAUAUGCCGGCACUGGGGCCCCGUGCUUCAGCCCCCCAAGGCCGCCGCCGACACGCCGUUCCCGCGCGUCAGCAUCGUGCUCGGAUCGCACAACCUAGAGUCGGUGCGGAAGGCGCGCGCGAUCCGGGACAGCGCGGCCGCGGACCGCAGCACGGAGCUCGCGAUCGCGCAGCUGCAGGGCAUGGCGGACGAGGUCAGCUGCGAGCUGGUGUGCGCGGCGAAGGGGUGCGAGGGCUUCGUCAAGGAGAAGGGCGACGUGCCGAAGGCGUAUAAGUAUAUCGUCUGGGGCACUACGGGGGAGUGCAUGAAGUACCUUCUUAGACGCGCGUACGAGAAUAGGGAUGCGGUGGCGAGGACGCGGAGCGGUCGCGAUGCUAUGUGGGCUGAGGUUAAGAGGAGGAUUGGUAGGAUGGUGGGGUUUGCUGCGUGA